ACGAGAGCCAAAAGUGGCGAGUGGAAAACGACACACACAAAACACCCACAAGAGCAGGCCAGAGUGGGCUAGAGCAGCAAUGAGUGCGCCGUGAACUAUGAUUGGAUGGAUUUUGUCGGAAACUCACUCAGUCAAUUCAAUUGAGGCACUCGUUUCAAACGGACGUGUGGACGUGUGAACGCGGAAGAUAAUCGAAGGAAACAAAAAACUUCUCUAAGAAAGCAAAAAAGCUAAGAUUUUUUUGGUGAUUUUCAUAUUGCCCCUUAAUUUCUUGUCCUGUAAAGCGUGUGAGGAAAAUAAUUUCCGUUUCUAUAUCCAUAUACUGAAAGAAGUUAAUACAAGCAAAGUAAAAAGAAGAAGCAUAUGAAAAAAUAUAUGUAUAAUAUAGAAGAAAGCUAAACAGCAAACAAAAAAAAAAAAGAAAUAAAUUGUUAAUUUUGUUUUUAUAAUUUCACUUAACAACCACCAACAAGAAAAAGUGAUGUGAAACAAAAAUAAAAGAAGAGCAAAUAAUUAAAUUGAAAAUAAAAAAAACAACAGCAAAGUGUAACAAAUUUUGUGCAACAAAAUUCCGAAAAAAAGCAAAAGCAAGAAGAAGCAAUUUACAAAAAUCAAGUGAAAAAAGUAAAUGGAAAAAAUUUCCAUUCAGAAAUUUCUCAACUAAAAAAUUUUGUCAUCUUCGUUGUGUCGUGUUUAAUAGCCAUACAUUGUGUCGAAGUAUCUGCAAGAUUGCCACCACUGCUGGGAGAACGGGUAGUGCAAGUCAUAAAAAAAACGGAAAAACAAAAAGAUAUUGAAAAUUGACUUGGAAAUUUACUUUCCUGGAUUCAAAGAAGGUCUGGAUCGGAUUGGCCACAACAAUCAGUCGUCGCCUCCUCCCAAACUCUUGCCAAACGUAUUUUUUAGCAACUGUUGCUAAUUUAUUUUGAACCGAGACGUCGGACAAUUGCUUAAACUGUUUUACGUGGAAGGGUAUGGUAUAUUUUCUGGGGGACUGGGGCAUGGGAGAUUCUGACUGUGCGUCAUAUCAUCAACAUGUUCCAAAUACAAUACAACAACACCAGCAACAAUAUCAUCAUCACAAUGAGUUGCAAGAACAACAACAACAUCAUCACCACCAGCACCAUCAUCAACAACAACAUCAGCAGCAGCUGCAGCAACAACAACAUGUUGGCCAAGUUGCCCCAACUUUAAAUCAAUUGUCGCCAUUGCAGUUUGGUAGUACAACUGGGUCAGCCGCUUAUCUAAGCAACGUAACAACACCACCACCAUCAACGGUUACAUCGCCAACAAUCAGCAGCAACACCACCAGCACCACCACCCAACAACCCCAACAUGUUGCCACAAGCUCUUUGGUCACUGCCAAUUUGCAGCAAUUGUCUGUAAGCAGUAAUAAUUUGAAAUCAUUAGCAGCCAACAACAGCAGCUCCAGCAACAAUUCCAAUUCCAAUCUUGUACAUCCACUGCAGCCGCGUAACAACAAUCAGCAGCAGACGCAGACGCCACCACCACCCCCAUCCCAACAAACAACACAAUCUCAUGCAUUGGCCAGUGCUGCCGCUGCCCUCCAUCAGUAUUUAGGACAUCAACGUCAACGUUCCGAAUCCUGUGCCGGUCUAACCACCAGCAGCUGUAACAGUGUUGUUGAUUUCAUACGCGCCAAACAUGCAAUCUCGGAAACGUUGUCCGCAACAGCAACUUCUUCGUCGUCGGUUGGUAAUAAAAACGGUUGCUGCACACCGGGCAAUUUUAAUCUCAAUGGAACAGCAACUUUAGCCACAGCACAGCAGUCCUUUAAACAACCGCUAUCGCAACAACAACAGCAGCCGCAGCCGCAGCACCAUCAUCAUCAGUUCCAGUCGCAAUUAAGCAAGGAUCAUUUGGAAAGUGAAGAUGAAGUUGCUCUACAGCCGCUAUCAAAUCAGGUCGGAGGACACACCCGCCUAUUGCUGCUUAACCAAUCGACUGUUAUAAAACCCUUGAAUUUGCGUGAAUUGGAUUUCUAUCAAAACAUUCCGCAGGAUAUACAGAAGUUUGUUCCCAAAUAUAAAGGCGUUAUGCAGGCCACCACCAUGGGAGGUUGUAAAUUGGAGAAACGUUAUUCGCCCAGUUUCCGUGAAGAACCCCAACGCAAGAUGAGCGCCUCGAAACGUAAACGGGAUGAAAUUCUAAGAAUGAAAGUUCACAAGAAUGGUAAUGCCGCCGAUGUUAUCAAAAGUAUAUCACAAUUGGACAAUUCCAACAAGCAAUAUUUUCUUAUGUUGGAGAAUAUAACAUCUCAAUUCCGCAAUCCAUGCAUCUUGGACCUGAAAAUGGGUACACGUCAACAUGGCGAUGAUGCUUCGGCCGAAAAACGUUCCAAACAAAUGGCCAAAUGUGCGGCCAGCACAUCAGCCUCGUUGGGUGUACGUUUGUGUGGCAUGCAAACCUAUCAGGUACAUUUGGACCAGUAUGCCAAACGUGACAAAUACUGGGGUCGUGAAUUGAAUGAGAGUGGCUUUAAACAGGCUCUGCAUGAUUUCUUCUAUAACGGCUAUCGUUUGCGUACCAGAGUUAUACACAAAAUUGUACAACGUCUAUUGCAAUUGAGACGGGUGAUUGAGAAACAGUCCAGUUAUAGAUUUUACUCCUGCUCCCUUCUAAUUGUCUACGAGGGCUAUGAGGAUAAUCCCAUGUUGCAGCCAAUGGAUUUUGAUGAUUGGGCCACACCCUCAACACCCAAGAAACCAACCAAGAAAUCUAAUACCUUCGAUUAUCAUCCAGACAACAGUAUUGAUGAUGAUGACGAUGAUAUUGAGGAUGAGGUGGACCACGACGAAGAGGAGGAAGGUCAUGAGGGUGGCGAUGAAUUGGAAUUGCAUGAUACCGAUGAAGAUUUACAUUUGGUUGCAGCCGACAGUGGCAAUGCCUCGGCCACCAAUAGCAGCACAGGUGGCGAACAGUGUUGCUAUGAUGCGGAUGCCUCAAACGAUUCAACCACAACCAAUGACAUGAAUCUCAGAACCCGCAUAAAACACUUACACAACAGUUCAAGGGCCUCACCAUCGACCCCAGUGUCGUCCUCAGUGACCGGUAGUGGCUCCAGCACAGCAACAACGGCGGUGGCAACAGCAGCAUCGCGUGCCUUUGACAAGCACAACCUAUCAUCAUCCUCCGAUGAACAUGAGGAGGAUAACCACAACAAUACUUUGAUGAUGAAUGACAGUGAUAGUAGAUCUAUGCCACCACCCCCACCAUUAGCCGGUUCUAAUGUGGGCCUUUGCAAAUCUUCGGAAUUAAUAAGGCCAUCAGCUUCAUCAACCCCCAAUACACCUGCACCAUUCAUUCCCAUAUCCGAAGAAACAGUAUUCCUAGAUCCUGAACCGCCAAUGCCUAGCAUAGCCACAUCAUCGCCGCAUUCGGGUGAUUCUUGGAUGAAUUACAGCAGCAAUAGCAGCGAUGAUUUUUCUGGUUUAUCGGAACAAAUCAAGGCUGUGACGAGUGGCCGUCAAACAGGCAAUAACAGUUCGGAUGAGGCAUCAUCGGAUUAUGACAGCAGCAUCAUCAGUCAAACGGAGGUAAUGCUUAAACGUUACAAAUCCCAGCAGGAUGCAUUUGAGGCAGCGGCCGCUGCUGCAGCAGCAGUCAAUACCCCACCUCUGACACCCAAGCCCGUUAUGCGCAAAAAGCACAAGAAUUCCCCCUUGGCCUGUAAUACAGUCAAUGCAUCGCCAGCAUCCUCGACCACAUCUUCAUUGAAAUCGGUUAAGGGCGGUGUUAAACGUUUGCGCUGCAAAGACGAUGAUGAUGACGACGACGAUGAUAAUGACGUUGCAUACAAAGAUGAUGCUAGUGGUGUCCAGAUGGAGGAAACAAUUGUUAACAAAUCUUCGCAAGCCAAGAAAUCCACCAAUAAUUCUAAAAUAGUAUCCUCAUCGUCGACGCCGGUUUCCAUUAUGAAUUCACCAGCCAAGACGACAACCCAGCAAAUACCUGCCUCAGCAAUGGAGCAUGCACAAAUAAAGUCAAGCCUAGGACAGGCAAUGAUGGAUACAACAGCCGUGAACGCAACACCCACAGCCUCUGCAUCCGAUACUAAUUCCAUGACAUCCACACCAGCCACAACGCCCACAGGACCCUCUUUGCCCCCUCCACUUCAUCAUAAUCAUGGCCAGAAACAACAACAGCCGCCACAGUCACAAAGGGAUGUGCCCAUUAAACAAUUGCCCAAAAAGUCCACACACAGAAAAUUCCUGCAACAUGUUUCCAAGUCCUUGGACAUUGAUACUCCGCCAGCCGCCUGCGAUGAUAUGCACUGUGUGGUGGAUGUGCGCCUAAUUGAUUUUGCCCAUACUGCAUUUGUGCCACGCAAUGGUUCCGCACUCUUCCCAACACCGCCCACCACCAUACAUCAUGGACCAGAUAGUGGUUUCCUCACCGGGCUAGACAGUUUAAAUCGUUUACUAACGGAAAUUCUCAACGAAGAGGUUAUGUGUUAAACAAACGGCCACCCGAAUAGGCUAGGGAAAAGAAAGAAAA